CGCACCAUUCUUACCUAUCCUCACCCCCACCUACACAAAGUAGCUAAAGACGUAGUAGAAGUCAACGAUCGCAUACGCCAACUGGUGGCAGACAUGCUAGAGACCAUGUACGCGGCCAACGGCGUAGGUUUGGCCGCUACGCAAGUGGAUGUGCACGAGCGGGUAUUGGUCAUGGAUGUAUCCGAAGAGCGCAACCAGCCUAUUGCGCUCAUAAAUCCCAAAGUACUUUGGGUAAGCGAUGAAAAACUCAAAGCAGAAGAGGGGUGUUUAUCAGUUCCUACUGUGUAUGAUGGGGUAGAGCGCCAUGCGCAAAUUAAAAUCUCUGCCCUGGACGAAAAUGGCCAGGAGCGAGAAAUUCAUGCCCAAGGCUUGAUGGCG